AUGGUUCAAGGGCCCAUGGGAAACUGUGCCAAGCGGCCCCGGCACCGGGCGCCUAAGGACCGCUGGCAGUGGCCUGGCUCCCCCCCAGGGGGGUCCCGCCAUGGCCUAGGCCCCAGCCCCAGCCCCAGCCCCAGUCCCGAGGAGCCGGGGGCCCCUUGGCCGGGCGUCCAGGGCUACUCCGUGCUCAGCAGCGUGGUGGGGCCUGCCUGCAUCUUUCUGCGGCCCAGCAUCGCCGCCACCCAGCUCGACCGGGAGCUGCGGCCAGAGGAGAUUGAAGAGCUGCAGGCCGCCUUCCAGGAGUUUGACCGAGACCGAGAUGGCUACAUCGGCUACAGGGAGCUGGGGGCCUGCAUGCGGACGCUGGGCUACAUGCCCACUGAGAUGGAGCUCAUCGAGAUCUCCCAGCAAAUCAGUGGCGGGAAGGUGGACUUUGACGACUUUGUGGAGCUGAUGGGCCCCAAGCUGCUGGCGGAGACCGCGGACAUGAUCGGCGUCCGGGAGCUGCGGAACGCCUUCCGGGAGUUCGACACCAACGGGGACGGCUGCAUUAGCUUGGGUGAGCUCCGGGCGGCCCUGAAGGCCCUGCUGGGAGAGCGGCUCAGCCAGCGGGAGGUGGACGAGAUCCUCCGCGACAUUGACCUCAACGGGGACGGCCUGGUGGACUUCGAAGAGUUUGUGCGAAUGAUGUCUCGCUGA